AUGGCCUCGUCAUCUCCUCCGUUUCAGACUCCCAGGAAGCGCAAACGCGGACAAGAGACGCCGCUCACGCCCAUACCAUUCACAUUCAGCAUCAGCAAGGAAGACACAGCCGAAGAUGGCAGCAGCAGCCCAAGAACCACGGUAGCUCAUCGCUUCAAGGGCCUGGAUCUGCAGAGCGGUAGCGGGGGUGGGGUUGGCGACCUGGCGGGCUCCAGAGGCGCCGCCGAUGAUGCCGCCGACGAACUUCCCGCCAAGCGCCAGAAGCCCGACGAGCCCAUGAGCGACGUUUCCGAUGCCACCAUUCUGGCGCCAGUAGAACCCCCCGGUCCCAAAACAGUCGCAGUUGUCCAACUCCCUGGCAGCGUGGGCGGACAAGACUCCUCCCCCACGCGGGAGUCUGCGCCGGCGUCGAGGCGGCGGGCAGGAACACCGCCCCUCAGGUUGAACAAGAGCGCGCGGCUGGAAGCGGACGCGAACGGCGGCGGCAGUGACGACGACGACGACGAUGGGGAGCCGCACAUCGUGGACCCGGUCCGCGCCGCGUUGACGUGGCACGACGACGAAAUCACCGUCUACGACCCCGACGACAAGGACGACGACGGCACCGGCGUCAAUGGCAUCGGGUUCCGGCCGUCGCCCGCCAUCGCGCACGCGCGCUCCCUCCGCCGCAGGCAGCAGAUCAACGAGUACCGCAGGCGUGAGGAGAGCGAGGCGCGCACGAGGCGAAGCCAGCGGCGCCGCGAGGGAGCGUCCCCGUCCGGCAUCAGCAAGACGUCGCCCAGAAAGGUCCGAUUCAGCGACUCGGAAAUUCAAAACAUAGCCGUUACUAUCUAG